AUGGUCAGUACACGCACAGAAACCGAUGCCUUUGGGCCCGUUAAGGUCGAGUCCGACAAGUACUGGGGAGCCCAGACUCAAAGGUCUCUCGGAAAUUUCAACAUAAAUCUACCAAAUGAGAGGAUGCCAGAGGGCGUUGUGAAGGCCUUUGGCGUCCUCAAGGGAGCUGCUGCCACGGUGAAUAUGCGAUACGGUCUCGACCCGAAGCUAGGAAAGGCCAUCCAGGAGGCCGCUGCGGAGGUGGCAGAUCUCAAACUCAUCGACCAUUUCCCCCUCUCCGUAUUCCAGACAGGUUCCGGCACACAAUCGAAUAUGAACGCCAACGAGGUCAUCUCGAACCGUGCGAUUGAAAUCCUAGGUGGAGAGAUGGGUAGCAAGAAGCCAGUACACCCGAACGACCACGUCAACAUGUCUGCGUCCUCAAAUGACUCGUUUCCGACUGUUAUGCAUAUCGCUGCUGUGCUGGAAAUCGAACAGAAACUCCUGCCCGCUCUCACCCGAAUGAGGGACGCCCUGAAGAAGAAAUCCGAAGCUUUUGAGAAGAUCAUCAAGAUUGGUCGCACACAUCUACAAGACGCCACACCACUCACCCUCGGCCAGGAAUUCGGUGGCUACACGGCCCAGCUAGACCGCAAUAUCGAGAGGAUAGAAGCCACACUACCUCAUCUACGACAACUAGCACAGGGAGGCACUGCUGUUGGUACAGGAUUGAACACAUUCGUCGGAUUCGCGGAAGGAAUCGCAGAGGAAGUCUCCAAAAUGACCGGCACAAAAUUCAUCACCGCUCCCAACAAAUUCGAAGUCCUCGCGGCACACGACUCCAUAGUCGAGGCUUCCGGCUCCCUCAACACGCUCGCCUGCAGCCUCUUCAAGAUCGCGCAGGACAUUCGCUACCUCGGUUCCGGCCCCCGCUGCGGCCUCGGAGAGCUCGUGUUGCCCGAAAACGAGCCCGGAUCUAGCAUCAUGCCCGGCAAAGUCAACCCUACGCAGUGCGAAGCGAUGACGAUGGUUGCUGCUCAGGUCAUGGGCAACCACGUUGCUGCUACGGUAGGCGGCAUGUCCGGCCAGUUCGAGCUGAACGUGUUCAAGCCGGUCAUGAUCAAGAAUCUGCUCCAUUCGGUGCGUCUAUUGACCGAUUCGAUGAAUAGCUUCGUCGACCAUCUCCUUGAAGGCCUCCAGGCGGACGAAAAACGCAUCAUUUCGCUUCUUACAGAGUCGCUAAUGCUGGUCACGUGCUUGAACCCCGUGAUAGGGUACGAUAUGGCUUCGAAAGUGGCGAAAAACGCGCAUAAGAAGGGAUUGACGCUGAAGGAAUCAGCUAUGGAACUGGAAGCGUUGUCGGAAGCAGAUUUUGAUAAGUACGUGCGGCCGGAGCUGAUGUUGGCGCCGAAGGAAUACAAGGGGCCGAAGGCAUAG